CAACUUCUCUCUCUAAACCUUAUUUGUGGAUCUCAACAACUUUGACAUACAAGAGAAAUAAGUUAAUCACCAAAAACAAAGAGGAGCCAUAGCCUAAAUGUCUUCAUCUCUUACAGCCCAAAUAAAAGUCUUAAACAAAAACAUCAAAUCCUCCAAACACACACCACAUCAAAACCUUAAAAUAUGCUCUCUACCGUCUGUUUCCUAACAUGCAUUAUUUUAAGAACAUAAGUCUAAUCUAAGUUGUUUGUUCAUCCUUUAUCUUUUUGGUCAAAAAAUAAGUAGUAUAAACAUUUUUGUACUUCUUUCUUUCUUUCAAGAACAUACAGAAAAGAAAUGACUAUUGAAGAAACAGAGGCAAAUCACAUUUCAGAUCACAUAUUGGAUUGGAUAGAAGAUACAGUACCAUUCCUACCAUCAUUCUUGGAUGAUCCGUAUAGCUCAGACGACAUCAAUAGCUAUCAUCAAUGGUGGAAUCAAACAGAAGAACUUUGUCAAGAUCCAAUCAACACUGAUACUAAUCUCACUGCCAUAACCAUCACCACCACCAACGAUAAACUAACAGAAGAAAGCAAUCCCACCAUUACCAGUAGUCCACAACCUUCAAAUUCGUCGAGAAAACGGGGAUCGCCAGAUGACUCAGUACAAAAUCAUCAACAGAGAAAGAAACAGAGUCAUCGGGCGGUCAGCAAUGAAGAGAAAGAUGGAGGAGCAGUAGUAACAGGAAAAAGAUCAAAUGGAACCAAGAAAAGCAAUAGUAAAAGCACAGGAAAUAAUAGUAAUAAUGGAAACAGCAAGGAAGGAAGAUGGGCAGAGCAUUUGCUUAACCCUUGUGCAGCUGCUAUUACCACAGGUAAUUUGUCACGUGUCCAACACCUUCUUUAUGUUCUUCAUGAACUUGCCUCAUCAACUGGUGAUGCUAAUCAUAGGCUAGCUUUUUAUGGUCUUAGAGCCUUAACUCACCAUUUAUCAUCUUCCACAACCACUGCUUCUAUAGCGCCUAUAUCUUUCGCGUCUACUGAGCCUAAGUUCUUUCAACGAUCUUUGCUAAAAUUUUAUGAAGUUAGUCCUUGGUUUGCAUUUCCAAAUAAUAUUGCAAAUUCUUCAAUACUUCAAGUUCUUGCUAAAGAACAGGAUCAUAAGCGUAACCUUCAUAUUCUUGAUAUCGGUGUUUCUCAUGGUGUGCAAUGGCCUACACUUCUUGAGGCAUUGACUCGCCGGUCCGGAGGACUUCCUCCUUUGGUACGCAUCACUGUCAUCACUGCCACUAUUGAAAAUGAUCAAGACACUGAGACCCCAUUUUUAGUUGGUCCGCCAGGAGACAACUUUUCUCCAAGACUACUCAGUUUUGCCAAGUCUAUGAACAUUAAUUUGCAAAUCAAUAGACUUCAUAACUACCCAUUAAAAAAUCUAAAUGCACAAGUCAUUAAGUCAAAUUCUGAUGAAACCUUAAUAGUUUGUGCUCAAUUUAGACUCAAUCAUUUAAAUCACAAUACCCCAGAUGAGAGAACUGAGUUCUUGAGAGUUUUAAGAGAAUUGGAACCAAAAGGCGUUAUUCUUAGUGAAAACAACACGGAUUGUAGUUGCAAUAGUUGUGGGGAUUUUGCAACGGGAUUUUCAAGAAGAGUUGAUUACUUAUGGAAGUUUUUGGACUCAACAAGCUCAGCUUUUAAAGGCCGGGAAAGCGAAGAGAGAAGAGUGAUGGAAGGAGAGGCAGCCAAGGCAUUAACAAAUCGCGGAGAGAUGAACGAAGGGAAAGAGAAAUGGUGUGAAAGGAUGACAAGGGUGGGGUUUGUAGGUGAGAUGUUUGGGGAAGAUGCCAUUGAUGGAGGUCGAGCUUUGUUAAGGAAGUAUGAUAGCAACUGGGAAAUGAGAAUUGAAGAAAAAGGUGAGUGUGUAGGGUUAUGGUGGAAAGGGCAUCCUGUUUCUUUCUGUUCAUUGUGGAAAUUGGAUGUCAAAGGAAAUGGCAGUUAAAAAGAUACUUGUAGCUCCCCCGUUUUAGCUUCUUUUUUCAUUUUUUCUUUCUUUUUUCAUGUAAAUUAAAGUGAGUUAAAUGUGUAGAGGCUGGUUUUUGCAGCCCUGUUUUAGUUAAAUGAUUGAUUUUGUUUGAUGGAUCAUUUUGUUUGAAA